CCUCGACUUGACGCAGGAAAAACCAACUGAACGGAAGAGAGAGAGAGAGGGAAGUUUUUUUUUUUUCUCGCUCCGUUUCUUUGGAGAUUUCCGUCCGGCAUCAACACCAAGCAAGAUGAAGAAUUGCCGAAGAAGCAGUCAGGAUAUUUCUUUCAACUAUCCGUUUUGGUUUUAAUACGAAUGAUAUUUUUCGGGUUGUAAUAGUAAUGUCAGGACUCUGUACUUCCGUUAUAUCGAUGGUUUUUAGAUAUUUUAUUAGAAAUUAUUGGAUUAAGGUGAAGCUGGGUUAGCUGUAUCAAUAAUCAAGUUUAUGAAUGUGAGGAUUAUACUCUGUCGCAUUCCUUUUAGGAUUCAGCUGCCAGCUCUUAGUUUAUUAUCUGAUGCCAGCUGAUAAUUCAAUUCCAUUUGACAGAGAUGCCGAGCCUUUUGUUGAGGUCGAUCCAACUGGAAGGUUUGGACGAUACGAUGAUCUUCUUGGGUCUGGAGCAGUGAAGAAAGUAUAUCGGGCAUUUGAUCAGGAGGAAGGUAUAGAGGUUGCUUGGAAUCAGGUUCGAUUGAGGAAAUUCAGUGGGGAUCCAGUGUUCAUCAACCGCUUGAGAUCGGAGGUUCAGCUGCUGAGCACGUUGAGUAACGAUUAUAUCAUAGUUUGCUACAGUGUUUGGAAUGAUGAUGAGCACAAUACGUUGAAUUUCAUUACCGAGGUGUGUACAUCAGGAAAUCUGAGGGAUUAUCGUAAGAAACAUCGACAUGUGUCAAUUAAGGCCUUGAAGAAGUGGUCAAAGCAGGUACUUGAGGGAUUGGAUUAUCUUCAUAAUCAUGAGCCUUGCAUUAUUCAUCGAGAUCUCAACUGCAGUAACAUAUUUGUCAAUGGGAAUAUUGGUCAGGUGAAAAUAGGUGAUCUAGGUUUUGCAGCUAUAGUUGGCAAGAGUCAUGCUGCGCACUCAAUCAUAGGCACACCGGAGUAUAUGGCACCAGAACUGUACGAGGAAGAUUACACAGAGAUGGUGGAUAUAUACUCUUUUGCGAUGUGUUUGCUUGAGAUGGUCACGAUGGAGAUACCAUACAGUGAAUGUGAUAGUAUUGCCAAGAUAUACAAGAAGGUGACGACUGGAAUAAAACCCCAAGCAUUAAACAAAGUGACAAAUGAUGAAGUCAGGGCUUUCAUUGAGAAGUGCAUUGCACAACCAAGGGCAAGGCCUACCACUUCUGAACUUCUCAAGGACCCCUUCUUCGAUGAAGUCAGGGAUGAAGAUUCCGAACAGAGUUAUUAGAGGAGAAGCACUUUUAACCAGAGAUUUUAAGACGUGUUUCCUCUACCCGUGCCACCACCGACCGAUGAGCAUGAAGGUUUUUCUCUUUUUCAUACUGCACUUCAGUUUUUUCCCAUUUCUGUAAUUCAUUUCUCGUCACUGGAUUCUUGUCAAUGACUUCACGUCUAUGGAAUGAUAUCUUGGAUUUGCCGAGGCAAGCAAUAAAAUUCUUUUCCCUUGUAGCCA